AUUACGAACCACCCAAACCCACAAAGAGGAAGGCAGCUUCACCCAGGAAAAAGUUCACUACCAAACAAGCUCCCGCCAAAAAGACAUCCGCCAAACAGACAUCCGCCAACAAAGCGCUACCGGCGAGACGCCAUAAUCCAGUUGACAUUGCGAAAUGGAAAAAGCAGGCGUAUGAGGCGGCUAUGCUAAUCAUGUCGGGUGUGAAGAUACCCUCACCACCAGCCCCAAAAGCGACUGCAUCGUCUUCAAGGGCAACAACGGUAAAGAAAACUCCGGUAAAGACCGGCAAACGCACCGCCAGAAAGAGCGCAAAGGCUCCGGUUAAACGGUCGAGGGAGUGGUUGACAAGUACUAACUGGGGCGUUAGUUCAUCGUCAGAGGAUGAGGCCCCGGCCAGUGAAGGCAGGCGCAGCAGGCGCCUGAAACACGUAGCUGCCAACUAUGCUGCCUCUAGUGACGACGACGCUCCGAAGCCGUUUGGCAACCGGACUAAGAAGCCGUCGGCUAAAAAGGCUGCACGUUCAG